AUCUCCAAACAAAGAGAAUCGGUGGAAAAGGAAGUCAAAUCCAAUGGGUUUCGUAGUAGGGAGCUCUUGCUUCUUGCAAUCUCCCAUCCCCCAUUCCCAAAUCAUCUCUUCGCCUUCACAAUCUGUUUUCUUGCGCAUAAGAAAUGCAGAGACCAAGAAGCGGAGGAAUAGAGCAGCAAUGGCUUCUUUGCGCGAGGGAGACCCCAACUACGCCAUUUCCAAUAGGAGGAGGGCGGUUCUUCUUGUGGGUAUUUCAGUUCUUCCCUUAUUGCAACUGAGGGCCGGAGCUCUUGAAGGCUUGGCCAAAAAAGAAAGUGAGCCAAACAAACUAGAGGAGAAAAAAAUGGCAGAGUUAGAAGAAGGUGGCUCACCCCCUAAUCCCAUUCUGUCUCUCCUGAAUGGCCUUGGAAUAUUUGGUACCAGUAUUUUUGGUCCACUUUAUGCAUUGGUUCUGAAAGAGAAGAAAGCUAAUGAUGCAACAAUAGAAUCGAUGAAGAUCAAAUUGCAAGAAAAGGAAGCAGCUAUUGUUUCACUUGAGAAAAAUUUUGAAUCAAAGCUGUUAAAUGAGCAGGAACAAAGGACCAAGGAACUCAAUAAGGCAAAGGAAGAACAGUUGUCUUUGAUAGACCAACUAAAUUCAGCUAAGAAAACUAUCACAGGCUUGGGACAGGAGGUAAAAAAUGAGAAGAGGUUGAUAGAGCAGCUUAAAGUUCAAAUCGACAGUCUUCAAAAUGACCUCUUAAAGGCAGGGGAAGAUAAAAAGUCUCUUGAAGAAGAACUGAAGGAAAAGCUUGAUUCAAUUAAAUCAUUGCAGGAAAGAACAAACUUGCUUGGUUUGGAGCUUAAAGAUAGGGAAGAUAACAUUCAAAAACUCAGCUCAUCGCUUGUUGGAAAGGAAUUAGAGUUGAAGAACUCUAAUGCUACGUAUGAGCAGACAAAGGAUGAUCUAGCCAAAGCACUUUCAGAAAUCCAAGGAUUGAAAGGUGAAUUGCUGAAAAAUGAAAAAGAACUAGAAUCAAAAAGUUCUUUGGCAGAUGAAUUAAAUGCCAGGGUAAGUUCUUUAACGGUUGAGAGGGAUGGCAUUAAGAGAGAAUUUGGUGCUCUUCAGAAGGAGUACAGCGAUCUAAAGUUAUCUUCUGAGAAGAAGGAAGUGGCAGAUGCUAAGCUUUUGAGGGAAAGAGAAAAUGAAAUUGAUCAGCUAAAGCAAAAGAUAGAGCUUGUUUUAGAAGAUGUUAGUGAAAGUCAAGCAAUUGUCGCUAAUCUGACUGAAGAAAGGGAACACCUUAGGGGAUUGCUGAAUGUUGAACUGAGCAAUGUGAAGAGUCUGAAAAAGGAACUUGAAGUUACUCAGCAAGCUCUUGGGAUCUCCAGAAAUGAGGCUUCUGAACUUUCCAAGCAACUAAAGCAAUCGGAAAAUUUGUGUGCAGAGCUUGAGUCAGAGAUUUCUAAGAUUCAGGCUGAGUUUGAAGAAGCUAGAAAUGGACUGCAGAGGAGCCUUGACGAAGCAAAACAUAAGGGGGAAGUGCUAGCAAGCGAGCUUAAAGCAGUAAAGGAACUUCUAAAGAAAACUAGUGAGGAGCUGCAGACCAUGAGCCAUGAGCUAACUUGUGUGAUGGAAAAUCGUGAUAGCCUACAAAAGGAAUUGGUAGAUGUCUACAAGAAAGCUGAAGCCACAGCAAAUGAUUUAAAAGAAGAGAAGAGGAUGGUUUCUUCUUUAAACAAAGAACUGCAGGCUUUGGAGAAGCAAAUCUCGAAGGACAAGGAAGCAAGAAAAUCACUUGAAACAGACCUGGAAGCAGCUACCAAAUCACUUGAUGAGAUGAACCACAAUGCAUUGUCACUCUCUAGAGAACUGGAAAUGGCUAAUGCUACAAUAUCAAGUCUUGAAGAUGAGAAAAUGGUACUCUACAAAUCCCUAACAGAGCAAAAGAAUGCGGCAAUAGAGGCUCGAGAAAACAUGGAAGAUGCCCACAACAUUGUUCUAACACUUGGUAAGGAAAGAGAGAGUCUGGAAAAGCGAGCAACGAAACUUGAAGAUGAAUUAGCAACUGCCAAGGGUGAGAUAUUACGCCUGAGGAAUCAAAUAAAUUCAUCAAAACUCCUUGUAAAUGAUCAGAAUCCAGAGAAAGGUGAAGCCGAAGCAGAAGCUAAGGUGACUGCUGACACAAAGAGAAACAGAAGAAGAAAAACUGGCUCCCAAUAAGGUUUUGAACUUGAUAUUUCCCACUAAUAGAUUCGUACUGUCAUCAUUGGUACAAAUAUCCUUAGAAGCUAUUCUUCUUCAUUUUCUUCUAUAGCUAGAGUGCAUACAACCACUGUAUUUUUGUUGUAUAAAUCUAACAUUGAGGCAUAUGAUUCGAAUCAAGUCAGUUACUCCUG